GUUCGCAGACACACCGUGGCGCGCGAGGCUCUGUUAAAUUUGCCGCUUGGAACAAGAGUGGUGAACGAGGAAUGGUAACACGACUAAAGGAAAUCCUGCAGAGAUGAGAUGGUACUGGGGCUCCACCAUCAGGUCAUGCAUUGCACUUGUCACCAUAGCUGGCCUGUAUCUUUCACUUGGUCAGAUUCCAUGGAGGAAAACCGUGACUCCAAUAAUAACACAGGUGACUCCAAGUGGUGGGACGGAGCCCCCAAAUCAAAUUCUUCUUAGGGCCCCUAAAGAGCUCGGGCCGGCACUGACUAAUUGGUCCAGUGGUUAUAAGUGGGCUUCAUUUGUCCCGAAUACUAUCAUGCCGUUUAAUGUGACCUUAGAUCUUCUUGCCGGCACCCCUCCACCAAUACAAAAGUACCUCACAGUUGGUCUUUCUUCAGUCAAGAGAAAGAAAGAAAACUACCUAAUGGACACUCUUAAUUCCAUCUUCUCCCAUUCUUCCAAAGAGGAGCUCUCUGAGAUGGUGGUGGUGGUUCUUCUCGCUGACUUCGACCUGGCCUGGGUAGAGGAGACCAGUCAAAAGAUCGCCAGUGAGUUCCGUGUUCAUCUGAACCAGGGCGAGCUCCUGGUCAUCCACGCGUCUCAGGAGCUCUACCCUCCCCUGACGGGACUGAAAAGGAACUUCAACGACGCUGCGGACCGGGUGACCUACCGCUCGAAGCAGAAUGUGGACUAUUCCUUCCUGGUCCACUUCAGCGCCAACCUCUCUCAGUAUUUCAUCAUGGUGGAGGACGACGUGUUCUGCGCCAAGGGUUUCCUCUCUGCCAUACGCAAACACGUGCUCAACAUGGGAAGCACCCGGUGGGCGACGCUGGAGUUCUCCAAGCUGGGCUACAUCGGGAAGCUCUACCACUCGGAAGACCUGCCCCUGCUCGCCCGCUUUCUUUUGCUCUUCUACCAGGAGAUGCCAUGCGACUUCCUGCUCUCUCACUUUCGGACACUGCUCAUGCAGGAUAAGGUCAUCCGAAUGCGCCCAUCCUUGUUUCAGCACAUGGGCAAGUUCUCAUCCUUCCUGGGGACCUACAAUCGCCUCAAGGAUGACGAAUUUGCAGAGGAGCCAGCAGAUAACCCAUCUGCAGAGGUCCUGACCAACAUUGAGCCUUACAAGGACAAAGGCCCCGUAAAUGCCUACAACCAAGGUUCAGAUUUCUUUUGGGGAUUGUCUCCCAAACAAGGAGAUUAUUUUAUGGUGAUGUUCAACAAGCCUGUGUUGCUCUCACGAAUCUCCAUUGAGACAGGAUCUGAGAACAAGGAUAUUCUCUUAAAUGCUGUCGUUGAGGUUGGCGGUGCCAUUGAGAAGUCACAUAAAACAUCUUCCUGCUCAGAUCUCCACAGCUUGGGGUCACUGCAUGCGGGUCAGUUUGAAAUGAGGGAUAUUGACCAGACUGUGAAGUCAACUGUUCUCUGUUUAAUAAUUCGAGUCACAGAAAAGCAAAAUGACUGGGUGAAGAUAAAGAAUAUCCUUGUUUGGGAAAGAAGUUGAUAUAGGGACAUACAAUUAGUUAAUUAAUUAUUGUUAUUAUUAUUAUUUUUUAUUAUAAUUAUUAUGUGUACAUAAUCUAUUUAUAGUUCUCAAAAGGGGACUUUCUCAGGUCCUAGAAGCUGUUAAUGAACACUAGAUGGAGCCCUUGCAACUGAAUCGGAGGCUGUGUGUACACAAUGAGUUAGUUAUGCAAGUUCAUUAACAUACACUGCUCUGCGUAAGAAAUACAAAAAAUGCAGUAUAUUACUGUUGUAAAUGUAGGUAUUUUCCUAUGUAUUGUUUGUUCAAUAUUAAAGCAUAUUUCUAGAGUACACUAUCCAAUCCAGUUCACUGCGCUUUUUUUGUGAAGCAACAGAAAAGGGCAUUUUUACCCAAGAAAACUGUUGAGUUGUUAUUUCAUGAAAUGUCAUGUCUGCAGACAUCACAUCCUGCUUUAAAAUGUAAUUCACAUUAGUUUAUACCUUAAACUUGAUUCAUGAUACAUGUCAGAGAGGCAUAGACGAUGACUGCUGAAAUCAGUAACUGCCUCACAAAAUGUGGAUGACCAAACAUGACCAAUGGCCUCAGGUAAAAUCCCUCACAGCAAAGGCCUGGUCAUGUUUCUAAGUGACCCAGUUUUCAGAGACUAUUAGUGAUCAUGUUACCUGUGGCAUAGGGGUCAUUCUCCAUCAACUCAGACAAAAUCCAGGACAAUGGUUGCUGCACUGUCUCAGAUUUUGGUCAAAUUUUGUCUAUCUAAUAUUUAGGUCCCAAAGCUAAGACCUGUAGAAUAUUUUUGUUAAAUUCCAAUGUUUUCAUUCAUUUUUUUCAUCCUUGAUUUUCAUUUUUACCUUACUUUAUUUAUGCUGAAACAAUAUUUGAGGUCUCUGCAACAUGACAAAGGAUAAAGCAUUGUGUGAAAUGUGUUUUUGGUAAUGUUCACAGUACUGAAAUGGUAUGUAGGGUAGCUACUGUAGUAGGAACACGAAAGUCAGUAUAGAAAUAGCUCAGUUUAUACUCAUUUUGUAUGUAAAG